AUGCGUGCUCUUUUUGGAUCAUAUCCACCCUCAAUGAGUAAUUCUUUGAAAGCUUCAAAACUAAUGAUCAAUGAACUUGUGUUGGAAAUACAAGAGUUCAGUGAGAGGUCUUUUGUUGAUGUUGUUACUUCUGAUUUGAGGUCAAAUAAGUUUUGGCGCCUCCUGGCCGAACCAGUUCACAUCUUUCAGGAUCGAGAAAUUGUUUGUGUUACUGUGGACAUGAUUACAAAAAUAGUGAUGGAUAAUCAUUCAUGGUGUUACCCAGCUUGUAGCCAAUGCCACAAAAAGACUAACAUAGACGUUGUGCCAUUCACAUGUGGAUGUGGCAAACACAAUGAUAAACCUGUCUUGAGGUAUCGAAUUGAAGUGAUGGGUGGUGAUGUUGAUUUAGACGCUUCUCCUCAGGCCCUUGAUAGGCUGCUAGGUUGUGUUCUUGCAUUUAAAGUCAAGGUUCAGCCAAAGUUUGGCAAUGCUGUUGUUCUUAAAUAUUCAAAUGAGUUAGAUUUGAUCAAUGUUGUGCUGGAUAUGCUGGCUGAUACUGAGCCAUUUUCCAAGAUGGAUAGUCUAGUGGUUGAGUGCACGGAUCCUACACAAGCUGAAUCUCAAUUUGUGUCAGUGACAAUAGAUCAUGACCCACUUCUAAGGGUUCCAUUAACACCCACAAAGCGCUUAUCAACUGAUGAAUUGGAUGAUAAAGCAAGAAGUUGUGAGAUUUCACCCGCGCAACUUUCCUCUAACAAACUAGCAAGACCUUCUGCAACUGAAUGA